GAGACAUGGUCUUGCUUUGUCACCCAGGCUGGGGUGCAGUGGCAUGAUGACAGCUCACUACAGCCUCCAACUCUUGGGUUCGAGCAGUCCUCACACCCCACGGCCACCUCAGCCUCCUGAGUAGCUGGAACUAUAGGCAUGCACCACCAUGCCUGGAUAUCCGGGACCAUGUCUGGAGAACUGCCACCAAACAUUAACAUCAAGGAACCUCGAUGGGAUCAAAGCACUUUCAUUGGACGAGCCAAUCAUUUCUUCACUGUAACUGACCCCAGGAACAUUCUGUUAACAAACGAACAACUAGAGAGUGCAAGAAAAAUAGUACAUGAUUACAGGCAAGGAAUUGUUCCUCCUGGUCUUACAGAAAAUGAAUUGUGGAGAGCAAAGUACAUCUAUGAUUCAGCUUUUCAUCCUGACACUGGGGAGAAGAUGAUUUUGAUAGGAAGAAUGUCAGCCCAGGUUCCCAUGAACAUGACCAUCACAGGUUGCAUGAUGACAUUUUACAGGACUACGCCGGCUGUGCUGUUCUGGCAGUGGAUUAACCAGUCCUUCAAUGCCGUCGUCAAUUACACCAACAGAAGUGGAGACGCACCCCUCACUGUCAAUGAGUUGGGAACAGCUUACGUUUCUGCAACAACUGGUGCCGUAGCAACAGCUCUAGGACUCAACGCAUUGACCAAGCAUGUCUCACCACUGAUAGGACGUUUUGUUCCCUUUGCUGCCGUAGCUGCUGCUAAUUGCAUUAAUAUUCCAUUAAUGAGGCAAAGGGAACUCAAAGUUGGCAUUCCUGUCACAGAUGAAAAUGGGAACCGCUUGGGGGAGUCAGCGAACGCUGCGAAACAAGCCAUCACACAAGUCGUCGUGUCCAGGAUUCUCAUGGCAGCCCCUGGCAUGGCCAUCCCUCCAUUCAUUAUGAACACUUUGGAAAAGAAAGCCUUUUUGAAGAGGUUCCCGUGGAUGAACGCACCCAUUCAAGUUGGGUUAGUUGGCUUCUGUUUGGUGUUUGCUACACCCCUGUGUUGUGCCCUGUUUCCUCAGAAAAGUUCCAUGUCUGUGACAAGCUUGGAGGCCGAGUUGCAAGCUAAGAUCCAAGAGAGCCAUCCUGAAUUGCGACGCGUGUACUUUAAUAAGGGACUGUAAAGCAAGGAGGAAACCUCUGCAGCUCAUUCUGCCACUGCAAAGCUGGUGUAGCCAUGCUGGUGAGAAAAAUCCUGUUCAACCUGGGUUCUCCCAGUUACAGAAACCUUUUAAAGAUCCACAUUCGCCUUUUAGAAUAAAGCUGCUACUUUAACAGAGCACCUGGCAUGGGCCAAGUGCCUGAUACUCCCUUACAUUGAAUCAUGUUAUGAUUUAUAGAAAUACCCUUCCUUUAGCUUUUAUAGUCAUUGUUUUUCAAAGACAGUAUACCAGCCAUCACCCAGGGUUUUAAAAAAGUACCAAUAGACAUAGAAUAGGUGCUCAGUGUAUGGUCAGUAAAUAUUCUAUUGAUUAUCAAUCAAUGAAAAGAGAAUCUGUUUAAAAUAUUGAAUUUUCAUCUCACUCCCAUUCCAAAUCAAGAAGAUCUCAGCAGUGAACUGGGAAAAUACAAAAGCUCUGGGCUAAUGUAUAAAAACCUACCCCGAAAUAUUAAGGGCAGUUUGCUUCUAGUGUGGGGACUGUGCUGGCCCAAUGAAGGUAACGAAGUUUUUGGAUUUGGAGGGUGAAAACUCCUUCACACCCCUUCCAAAAGUCAGUCACGGACCACUGCAACAUGCCUUCCUGCUGGAUCAUGAUAUACAUUCAGAUUGUGGGUGGAUUGCCUUGGUUGACUUUUAAUUUAUUGUUUUAUGUUCUUAUAAAGAUGUUAAUCUUACCUUGCAGUUAUUGACUUUAUAUUCAAUUAUUUACAUCAAAUAAUGAAAUUACUGAAAUGUACAAAUGUCAAAUUUUGGAAGUAUAUUCAAUACCAAUGCUGUGUGAGUGGGCUGAAUCUAGUUCAUUGUUUUUUUUUUUUUUGGUAAGAAGUGAGACUACAGUUCCAGCUACCUACAUGUCUUUUCUUGUCAUCCUUAUAGAUCUCUUUGGCUUUCAGAAAGAUACAGUGAUAAUGUGUAUGAAUCAGUCACAGUGAAUUUUACUUGAAUAUUGUAUGUUGCAUUCCACUUCAUUGGAAGAUAAUGAAAUGUACCACUGUUUACAUCAUCUGUAGUGAUUUCACAGAUAAUAUAUUUAAUAUAACAGA